GUAAUGAAUUGGUACCUAGUGAACUGGAUAGGUACUGCUGAACAGAGUUUGAAGUAAUAUUAAUUAUUUGAUCAAUAUUUUAUUAUCAUUAAAUAUUAUUAUUCUUCUGAUAAUUGGAAGUUAUUAUCAUUGCGACAUAGUGAUAAAAUUUAGUAGGUAUGUUGCGUCGAGGGUGCAAAUCUUUAAUUGAAAAAAACAUUAAGACAUCAGUUUUACAACGUGCCCAAAAUCGUUCUACUUUAGCUCAAGAACCUCAGAAGCCAUGCAUUGUAACAGAAGUGCCAGGACCGAAGACGAAGGAAUUGCUAAGUCAGCUGUCUUCUAUGCAACAAGCUGGCUCAGUUCAGCUUUUCGCUGAUUACGACAAGAGCAUUGGAAAUUAUUUUGUGGAUGCAGAUAGCAACGUAUUCUUAGAUGCCUUCACUCAAAUAUCAUCCAUGCCUCUUGGCUAUAACCACCCUGAGUUAUUAAGUGCAUUUGAUGACGAACAUAAUUUAAAAGAAUUAAUCAAUCGGCCAGCCUUAGGUGUUUUCCCUUCAACUCAAUAUCCAGAUAGACUCAGAAAGGUUUUGAUGUCUGUGGCACCACCCGGCCUGGAAGAAGUUUCGACGAUGAUGUGUGGUUCAUGUUCAAAUGAAAAUGCUUUUAAGGCAGUGUUCUUCUGGUACCGUACAAAGCAACGGGGAGGUCGCUUGGACUUUACCCCGGAAGAGAUGAGUUCUUGCAUGUUGAAUCAGGUGCCUGGGUCACCAAAGCUGUCAAUUUUAUCAUUUAUGGGAGGUUUUCAUGGGCGGACGCUCGGUGCUCUCUCAACAACAAGGUCGAAAGCCAUUCAUAAAUUGGACAGCCCUGCUUUUGAUUGGCCAGUCGCUCCCUUCCCGAGAUAUAAAUAUCCACUUGAUCAACAUCAAACCGAAAAUCAUCAAGAAGAUAACAAAUGUCUUGAACAAGUUGCUGACGUUAUACAGCAAUAUAGCAAAAAGCCUAACCCAGUUGCCGGCGUUCUGGUAGAGCCAAUUCAGUCUGAAGGUGGCGAUUACGAAGCUUCACCCGAAUUCUUCCGGGGCUUGCAGAAGAUUUGCAAAGAGAACGGCGUGGCUCUAAUAAUUGACGAGGUGCAGACGGGCUGUGGUCCCACGGGAAAGAUGUGGUGCUAUGAACACUUCAACUUGCCGUCGCCCCCGGAUCUGCUCACUUUUAGCAAGAAAAUGUUAACUGGAGGUUUCUACUAUCAUACCGAUUUUAGAGCUCCGCAGCCGUAUCGCAUCUUCAACACGUGGAUGGGCGAUCCAGGAAAGCUUAUCCUCCUCGAGAGAGUAUUAAACUUGAUCAAAACGCAAAAACUGCUCGACCUUGUCAAUGAAAGCGGCAAAGUGCUCAAGUCCGGCCUUCAUCAGUUGGAGAGUGAAUAUCCGCAUCUCAUAAAUAGCGUGCGGGGGCGGGGGACAUUUUUAGCUUUCAAUGCUCCGAGCACGGAGUGUAGAGACGCGAUUACUACACAAUUAAAGAAGAAUGGUGUUAUCGGCGGAGGAUGUGGUGAUAACGCCAUUCGGCUAAGACCAGCGCUAAUAUUCGAGCCGAAACAUGCCAAUAUCUAUUUGGAUAUAUUGCGAAAAUCGUUGAAAAAUAUUUCCAAAUAAAACAUUCCUUUUCUAUGUGCAUUAUUUAGUCUAGAACUUAGAUCAUUUAUACGUCUAGAUAGAUUAUGACAGCUGAGAAAACGUCGAAAAAUAUUGAGUUUAGAGUUAACCUCCAUUUUGAGCAAUGCACUCACACUAACACAGUGUUAUACUUAACGAGAGUGUAAGACGUAGCUUGUCACGCACACUAAAAUACCUGUUUUUAUCUUUUUCUAACACCCAGAUAGUAAAAAAAAAAUAUUGAAGUAGGCGUUACUUUGCGGAAAUCCAUAAUUAUACAAAUGAUUUAAGUUUUCUUUAGUGUUAAUUCCGCCAAUAUUUGUUUUUAAACAACACGUGUUUCGCCUCUACCAGUGGCACUAGACCAGUGGUCUCGUGCCAGAUUUUGGCGAUACAAUACGUCCUGAGGAUGCCUCGUGUAGAGGCGAAACGUGUCGAAUUGUUUAAAAACAAAUAUUGGCGGAAUUAACACUAAAGAAAACUUAAAUCAAUUGUAUAACCAAGAUAGUACGACGAUCUAGACGUAUAAAUUAUCUAUGAUCUAUUGUGCCAUAUUAUUUUGUUAUAUUGUUUAUUUUAUCUUUGUUAAGUUUAAUUUAUUUAUUUAAUAUAAUAUUUAUGUAGAAUAUCGGCUACGAGUUAAUAAUAAGCAAUCCACAAUUCAUAAUAAUAUGUGGUGACUCAUUCCUUAGAGUCAUAUUUAUAAUCAUUGUCAAUGUGCCACGAUAAUGUCUUCCAUUUAUACUUAUGCAUUCUUGUUAUUUAUUAUAGAUAUUAAAGUAUGUAUAUGUGACUACA